GAGUUAGCGCGCAUGCGCGCAAACGUCCCUGGGGUCGCGGUCGUGGUUCUCUUUCCGCUAUCGCUUGCUCUCCGUUGCUUCUCACGUCUCUACGUCUUGGAGAGUUGCACAUUUUUCUCGUAUCCACUAACGUAAGACUAACAUGUCUCCCCCGAUAUAUAACGAUCUAGGAAAGAGCGCCCGUGAUGUAUUUAAUCAAGGCUUCCAUUUUGGCCUCUUUAAAUUGGAUAUAAAAACUAAGACUACUUCUGAUGUAGAAUUCUGUUGCGGCGGUGUAUCCAAUCAGGAUACAGGAAAAGUGUUUGGUAACUUAGAAACCAAGUAUCAGCUCAAGGAAUAUGGGUUAACGUUCAGUGAGAAGUGGAAUACUGACAAUACUCUUGCAACUGAUAUCUCCGUUGCUAAUAAAUUACUCAGUGGUCUCACUGUUGGUUACAGCUGUACCUUCUCCCCACAAACUGGCUCCAAAACUGGAAAAUUGAAGACAACCUACAAACAUGAGAAUGUAGCCUUAACUUCUGAUUUUGAUCUUAGUCUGUCUGCUGGACCUUUAAUUAACUCCUCAGCUGUUAUGGGUUAUCAAGGCUGGCUCGGUGGCUGUCAAAUAGUAUAUGAUUCACAAAGAAACAAACUUACAAGGAACAACUUUGCUCUUGGACUUAUUGCUUCAGACUUUGCUCUUCAUACUGCUGUGGAUAAUGGUCAGGAAUUCACUAGCUCCAUUUAUCAUAAGAUAAAACCAGGCUUAGAGGGAGCAAUUAAUUUGGCAUGGAAUUCUUCUAAUAAUUUAACGCAUUUUGGCAUUGGAGCGAAGUAUAACCUUGACAGUGAUGCUAGCAUUAGAGCCAAAGUGAAUUCUCAACUUCAAAUAGGUUUGGGAUAUCAACAGAAAUUGCGAGAGGGUGUGACUUUGACACUUUCUUCAAAUAUUGAUGGAAAGAACUUUGCAUCUGGUGGCCACAAAUAUGGUGUUUCAUUAGACCUUCAGGCUUAAAAUACGUAUCAUUACAAAGUAACUCUUAUUACAAAACAACAAAAAAAUUUAUCCCAUAUAAAUGAAUAUUUCAUGACCGUGUCAAAAUCGGCGUGACAGUAUAUGCUUCGAAUAAAGUAUUACUUGUAACGCAUA